AUGAUGGUCCAAAACAGUGCCCGGGUGCGAAAACGGCCCAUACUGGACGGUUUCUCCCUCCAAAACGUGGCUGGACAGACCUGUGCCAUCGGACAUAGAGGCGUCCAGUUCCUCGCCGUGUGCGAGAUGGAGUGCCUGCAAGCGCAGCAGAGCCUGUCUAGCCGCAAGCGGUUUGGCACAAAAUGCGCGGGCUGUCUGCAGGGAAUCUCGCCAAACGACUUGGUGCGCAAAGCCCGCAGCAAGGUGUUUCAUCUGAACUGCUUCACCUGCAUGGUGUGUAACAAGCAGCUGUCCACGGGAGAGGAACUCUAUGUGAUAGACGAAAACAAGUUUGUGUGCAAAGAAGAUUAUAUGAGCUCCGGGGCAAUUAAAGAAGUCAACUUGAACUCAGUGUCGUCGUGUACGGAUAGGAGUUUAUCGCCGGAUCUGCAGGACCCAAUACAGGACGACAUAAAAGAGACGGACAAUUCAACGUCCUCAGAUAAGGAAACGAACAAUAUUGAGAAUGAGGAGCAGAACUCGGGGACCAAAAGGCGGGGGCCCCGGACCACCAUCAAGGCCAAGCAGCUGGAAACGUUAAAGGCCGCGUUUGUCGCCACGCCGAAGCCGACCCGGCACAUCCGAGAACAGCUGGCCCAGGAAACGGGACUGAACAUGCGGGUCAUCCAGGUUUGGUUCCAGAACAGAAGAUCCAAAGAGCGACGAAUGAAGCAGCUGAGUGCUCUGGGGGCCCGGCGGCACGCCUUCUUCAGGGGCCCAAGGAGGAUGAGGCCCCUGGGAGGCAGGCUGGAGGAUCCAGACAUUUUAGGACCUGGGGCCUACGGUUACUACGGAGAAUACCAAGGUGACUAUUACGCACCAGGAAGUAACUACGACUUCUUCCCCCACGGCCCUCCAUCCUCGCAGGCUCAGUCUCCGGCCGAGUCCCCCUACAUCCUCAGCUCCGGAGGAGCCAUGGAGGGAUCAGGCCACCACCCUUCAGAUGACCAAAGGUUCACGGACAUGAUCUCUCACGCAGAAACCCCCAGUCCAGAGCCGGGCUUACCGAGCUCCCUGCAGCCUGUCCCGGGGGAGGCUUACGGGGGUGGACCCAGUCCUCCUUUCUCCUUGGCUAGUAACUCCAGCUACAGCGCUCCUAUGUCCCACCAAGGCCAGGAGAUGGGGGAAACCACAGCCUGGUAA